UCCGUCUAACUUCGUCUUUUGUGUACAGAGCUAUAGCCAGUAUUGAAAUUAUUAGAUGUUAAGCCUCCAGGUUUCUAUUUAAAUUGUAUCAUUUAACUCUCCUUUUUUUUUUUUUUUUCAAGAACUUAGGUUGUGUCAAGAAUUCAUUAUGAAGAGCCUUCUUUUGUCUCUCUUACUGUUCUCUGUUCUGUUUAUGAGCAGCUUCUCAGAAGUGCAGGGAAGAAAAUGGAAAGGUGAAGGUACAACGCAAAACCUGGAAAGUAUUGCCAUUGGAAGGUGCUAUGACUAUAUCAGAAUUGUGAAUCCUGCUGUUGGUGAAAAGAAUUGUUCAGAGAUAUGGGAAGCAUUUAAAAAUGCAUUUAUUAACAAGGAUCCUUGCAGCAUUCUACCUAAGGACUAUGAAUUAUUCAUCAACCUGUCAUUGCACACAAUUCCACCUAACAAGUCUCUCUUCUGGGAAAAUAAUCAGCUGCUAGUCAAUGCCUUUGCUGGCAGAGGCCGUCGCUACAUGUCUCUGGGUGAUACUCUGUUUGGCUUCUUUGCAGAUUUUCUGAACUGGUGUGGGCAGGCCGACAGCCCUGGACUGGACUAUGAAUCCUGCCCUACCACACAGGAAUGCGAAAACAACGCGGUGGAGUCUUUCUGGAGGAUGGCCUCAAUCACUUAUGCACAGCAGAGUUCUGGGGUGAUACACGUCUUAUUGAAUGGUUCUUCUGUUGGAGGAGCUUAUCCAGACCCAGGUUUUUUUGCAGAUUAUGAAAUACCUAAUCUACAGAAAGACAAAAUCUCACAAAUUGUCAUCUGGGUUGUGGAUGAUAUUGAAGGAGCAGAUAUAGAUUCCUGUGGAACUCAUACUGUAAAGAUAUUAGAAAACAGGCUGAAAGCCCUUGGUUAUGAUGUCACCUGCACUGACAAUUACAAGUCUGUAAUGUUCUUACUUUGCCUGGAUCACCCUGAUGAUUCUAAGUGUACCCUUUCAUCGUUUUAAACGAUUUCCCUCAAAGUUUUGUGAUGUGGGUACAUUCCUCAGCUGAGGAAAUGUGGAUGAAAAGGCUUUUGGAAACCAUUAAUGUAUUUUUCUUUCACCUAAGGGAUGAGCAUACCAGUUCUCCACUAUUACCACAUAGCGCUUGCAGUAUGUAAGCAGGGGAGCAGCCACCCCUUCCUUUCCAUCUAUGUCGGUACUUAAAUUAACAUGAUCACUAGCGUAUUCUAAGCACCAGUUUCAUCCUUUCCUGGGGUAACUCCUAAGCGACUCAGCUGUUAUGAUCCUCCUUCGGAAAUGUUUCCUUGUGUCUUUCUGUUUCUUCCUGAGCCUUCUAUUCCCUCCUGUAUGCAUGACAAUGUAAUAGCCUUGAUUCACUUCUCAUCUAUGUUAUCCCUAAUCAAGACAGAGCUUCCCAAUCGGAAUGCUAACUAUCAUUGCCUCUCCCUGAAAUGUAAGUGGCUAAAAAUACUUUAAGCCAAUGAAUACUUACACUCUUCUCCAAAUUAUUUACUUCUCUGCAAUAAAUAACAUCUCCAUUGAAAUUAGAUGCCCUUUCAGAAAGAUCCUUAAGCAGAUGUAUAUAAAUUAUUUGAUGAUUAUCUUCUAGAUUUGUUUUCUCUGUUUUCCCCACCCUCUGAUGGUCCAUUAACUGACAUGGGAAGAGUUUGGUCAGUAGUGGUAUCACUUUUAAGAGCGUGCCUCUGUUAAGAAAAGGCUUCCUUUGCAUAGUGUGUGCUCAGUGUACACAUGUUACAUUUUCAUACUUCCAUAAUAAAUAGCGAGAGUAGGCAUGCAGGCCCUGUGGCAUCCCCUUUCACAAUGGCCAUUUGCUGUUACAAGACCGAUAGUUGGCUUCUCAGCCUCCGGAGAAUCAUGUCCCGAGCCCAAGAACGUCAGAGUUGUGCAAGUGACUGCUUUUUGUCACCGCAGCUCCCGUUACAUCAGCAUACCAAAGGAGAGGCUGUGUCAGGGUAGCAGAGGGAUGGCUUGAAUGUGCUGAAGUGUGCUUGGGGCUUACUGGGUAGUCAUAGUGCCCCUUGACUCCUCUCCGGACUUGAACUACGGUCUAUGUCAAUUGGUUCGUUGACACCCUGUUUGCCAAGAACUUGCAAGUAAAAAAAUACCCACUAGAUGGCACAGAUGCCUUACAGACAUAAGCAGAAAGGAAGCCAGAUGCAAUCUAUUAGUAGUGGUAUUUAUUACUUGCAUUAUUGCAGUGUCAGGGAGACUUAGAAAUGGAUAUGGAUACUGUCGUAUGAAGUGCUGUAAAAAUAUAGACCUCUAGGAACACUGCGGUCUAGAAGAGCUCUAUACAAUCUCAAGAAUAAGGCCAGAGACAGUAAAUGGAUGUGGAGAGACAAGGAGGCUCAGGUAUUAAGGUAGAAAGGAGCGUUCCCAGGGUUUGGCACACAGAUAUCCCGUUUAUAAAAUCAUGACAGCCAAAAGGAAUCUGGUGACGAGCUCUUACAAAGAAACUUCUAGCUUAGCACUUGGACGGCAAACUUCAUCCUUGGCAACAAACCCCUGAUAUUUAAAAGAAUCCUAACUCAGCUCUGUGCUGUGAACAUCCUGUUUGUUUUCUUUUCUUUAGAUCUGCACCAGCAGCACAAAGAGGACCUAUAUCUUCAAACAGAGGAGGCAGCUGGAACAAGCUCAUGUUUGUUUCUUUUGUAGGCUUUUUGUUCAGAUUUGCUUUAGUGUACUAAGUUAAUCAAGUGAAUCCAUAUCCUCUGUUUGCCUUAGCUGGCUAGAAAUUCGGCUUUAAUUAAUUUCUAACUGCAAUUUUACCCUAGUUCUGGGACUGGCAAACCUGCAUAUUAAAACACUGCAUAUUUCUAUCUAGAUGCCAACUACUUUUAAUAUCAAAAAUUAUUCUACUGCUUCUAGGAAGCCUCACCCUUCCUUUCCUUUUCUUGAAUAGAAGAAAUCUAUUGCUGUUUCCCCUUAUCCUUAUUCUCCAGAAUUAAACUAAGACUAAUACUUCCUGUUCACAUAUUUCAGAAAGAAAAGUGAAACUAUGCCUGUCAUACAUCUCCCACACAGCUUGCUUGUUUGUAAAAACAAUCCUAACAUUUGGCCGUGGAAACUUAAGUGUCUGAUUUUCGUGUAUUGGGAAGGGGAACUAUGAAUUCAGAUGAGAUAGAGCUUAGCUUGCUUACUUGGUACAGUGGAAAAAUUAAACUCAUUUUCAUAAGGGGUCCAGUACUUGGGCCAAACUUACCUGAAACUAUCAUAAAGAGAGGUUCUGGCUUGCAUAAUUCCAUACAGCAUUUUACCACAUAUUAUCGAUUGCUUCAUCAUCCGCACAGCUGUUCCUCAGCUGGCAUUUUCCCGGCCAGUGGGUAGCCAAUAGUCAGGAAUACCGGGGUCUAGAAAGCUCCAUGGGUUUUCCACCAUGAUGUGAUUUAUGGCGUAUCAAAUUCAGACAAGAACCUGCCAAGUCAGACAUCUGCCUGCUUGCAGUGAACUCGGUUAGCGUGCUUCAGAAUAUAUUGAGGAGACAGCAGAUGCCAUCUUGAAGAUCUCUUGUGUUACUUCUGUGAAUUAUCUACGUGUUCCAGCUAGGUGCUCCUCUAAACCACCAAGACAUCCAGCUACCAAGAUGACACAGAAAUCUUUGGAAAAAAAUAGUUGUUCUUGUAGAAAAAUAACUUUUAAGUAGAAUUUUGCUGCCCAUUCUCUGUUAGCUUCUGUAUUAUUUAUUUUAUUUGUGUUUGUAUUAGCUGGUUGUCAGGAAACUGGAAUAGGAUAUUCCUGUUAUCUCAGUGCAUCUGAUUUAGGACUCCAUAGUAGAUUUAUGUCCUUUCAAUCCCUGUUCAAUCCCUGGUACAACUAUAUCAUGUUGUAUGUUUGAAAGAUAAAAUAACUAAAAUA